AUGGCACUCGACUUGCAAGAACAGUUCCAAAAGCUGGACAUUGUACCUGACUGCCUUCCUUUCUGCCCUCCGGAAGAUGUUGAACGGCGACGAGAGAAAUUUGACGAAAUACCCCGGUAUCUGUUCCGAAUAUUCACUCCAAAAUCGCAAGGGACAACCGAUGAGGUUUGGACAAAAUCUAAAGACGCCAGGCCGUCAGCCAGGUCUACAGUCGCAACCAGCAUGAUAGACAUAUUUGCUAGGGGUAACAAAGAGGAAACGGCGGCGAUGCUGCACAGGCACCUUCGAUGGAAGGAAGGUCCGAACGAUAACUUGGUGUCUUGGACAAGCUCAUUACUAUUUGCGCUAAUAUACGUCUUCCACUUACAUGCUAACUCAAGAGAUGGAUCAGCCUUUGAGGAUAUAUAUAUCUGUAUCAUCGACACAUCCAACUUUCCCGAGCAAGUCUUUCUUCGGGACAUUGACCUCAUUCGAGCUUAUCGUUCAGUGAGCCAAGACCUGCAAGAAUUUGAGACUUUGCGUAUGAAAAAACGCUUUGGGUUUUCAGGAUACUUCUACUUCGGGGAAUACUUCUCGCAAGGUGCCUUGAAAAUCAAGGACAAAUGUCAAAUUGUCUCAUCGCGGCGACUAAUCGAGAAUGGCCUAUACUGUAUUCGACCUGAGUUCAGAACUUUUGCCAACUGGAAACGCAUGGCAAACCCGCCAUGGGCAAAUCCUACCGUGGAGCUCCGCGAGGCCUUUUAUUUCACCAAUGAAAAAUCGAAGGAGAUGAGCGCGGAACAACUGCAGGCAGCUCUGAAUGUUGCGAAAGUUUUUGAGCAACGUUGGAGGCUGCCUAUGGCAGCCAACCUGAUUGCACUGACCGCGUCACGAAGUCGUGACGAGAGAAUAUUAGAGGCAUUCCGAGAAAAUGCAUUCACAGAUCACGAUCGAGAGAAUUGUUCUCCAUGGAGGACAAAGAUGCUAGGUUAUGAAACCAUGCCGGAGGUACAAGAAUACUGUUCCAUCAUGGUGAGCAUUCAUAGGGAUUAUUGUCUCAGGACGCUUAUGGGAUCCCUUGAACAGGCGAAAGACUCGCUAUGCGCAAUUGCUCACUUCGUUCUCAAGGAAAAUUUAACCGAGUACCCAACAUCGGAAGAGCAAGACUUGAUCACGGGUGAUGUUCACUAUACAGAUAUAUGCGUCAUUAAUGAUUUAAGUCAUUUGCCAGUUGUCACUCGCACUCGGAGUCUUAAUGGGAUAACCACCCGAAAGAAUGGUCAUGAGGCAGUAGUGAAGCUUCUUAUUGACAAUGGAGCUGAUCUCAACGCCAGUGAUCCAUAUGGGACACCACUUAGCCAUGCCUCUAAGAAUGGUCAUGAGGCAGUGGUGAAGCUUCUUAUUGACAAUGGAGCCGAUGUCAAUGCCAGUGAUCAGAAUGGAUGGAUACCACUUAUGUAUGCCUCAUUGAAUGGUCAUGAGGCAGUUGGGAGGCUUCUUAUUGACAAUGGAGCUAAUGUCAAUGCUAAUGAUCAAAGUGGAUGGACACCACUUAUACAUGCAUCAUGGAAUGGUCAUGAGGCAGUGGCAAGGCUUCUUAUUGACAAUGGAGCCGGUAUGAAUUCUAGUGAUUGA